ACGGCUAAGUACGCUCAAAGGAAUCAGCCGCUGAGGCGAGCUGCGAGCUGCCAGCCAGUUGCACACCCGUAAAGACGCCUCCGCCUCGUCUCGCCCACUGCGGGCAAGACGCCGCUGCGAGUCGCUCCUGCGUUUCCGCGGAAAUCGCUGUACCGACCGCCUUCCGCCAGUCCUAGGAUCCACGCCUUCGGCUUCGUUCGCUCCCGUGCCCAUGUGGUGGCCCCGAGGAAGUUCUAAACGUAGCAGCUGCCUACCGCAUCAGUUCGAAAUAAUACACCUAAUGCUUUAAUUGCGAACAGGCGCAGCUCUUCUGUUUCGCCGAAACUGCGCGGUAAACAGUUAAGUUCUCCGUCCUACUGGAUGAAGAUCCUUCUGCGGAGAUGAAGGCAUAGGCUUACAAGUGUGCAGUGUGUUCAGCCACUGACCUGCAACAUUCGAAGACUUUUUUUUUAGCCAGACAGUAGCAACAAAGGCGGCGCGAUGCACGCGAUGGGGCUGCACUCGGCGCUGGCCAUCAAGCGGCAGCGCAAGCGGCGCGAGGAGCAGCGGCGGGCGCGCGAGCGCCGCUUCAGCACGCAGAGCACCGAGUCGGGCCUCACGUCGCCGCACAACAGCAUCGCCAGCCUGGACCGGCAGCGCGGCGCGCGCCGCACCGCCGCCCACUCCAAGGCCACCGGCGACGCCGUCGGCUCCAAGGUGGUGACGAGCGUGGGCAUGAUGCACAUCGGCGUGGUGUUCCUGGUGCUGGGCGCCUUCCUGCUGGUGUCGGGGCUGCUGCCCACCGACCUCACCUCCUGGAGCACGCUGCCCGGCGGCGCCUGGUUCAACGAGCUGUCCAUCACGGGCGCGUUCGCCCUCUUCAUCGGCGUCUUCCUAGUCGUGCUGAACCGCAUCAUCUCGAAGCGCGAGGAGGACGUGCUGAACGAGUACGUGCAGCGCCAGCUGACGCGCUCGCGCUCGGGCCACCGGCUGGUGCGCGACGUGGAGACGGGCUGCCUGACGACGCGCGCGCAGCAGCGGCCGCGCACCACCGAGGACUCGGCCGCGUCGACGCCGGACCCCGAGGCGGCGGAGCCCGCGCCGCUGCACCUGCCGGGCGCCGGUCUGGCCGGCGGCGGGCCCGCCUCGCCGCGCUCGCCGCCGCUCGCCGACGGCCUGCUGUCGCCGCACCACCAGCUGGAGCAGAUCGCCGAGGAGGAGCCGCUGCCCGCGCUCGCGCCCUACUGCGAGAAGGGCGAGGACGAGGCGCGCGGCCGCCACGGCAAGGACGUCUGCUCCAACGGCUCCACCACCGGCGGCAGCCUCAGCCCCGGGUCGCCGUCCGAGACGCAGGAGCUGCUGUCGGCGCGCGCGCGUUUCCUCAACAUGUGAGAGCUGGCCGCGUGCGACUCCCCCCCGCCCCUGUACAAGGCCUCGCCCGCGGCGACCCACCACUUCUACGUCCCGCUGCCGCUGGCGCCGCACCAGGUGGUCAAGACCUCGCGCCUCUGAGGGCCACGCGGGGUCGCACGCGCCGCUUCCUUCCUUCUCAGCCGAGCCGCCGGCUCCUCUUCUCCCUGGGCUGUAACCGUAACUCUGACACCUGCGCCUUACAGUCCGUCUACACUGUCGGUCACCCGAGAAAGCUAGGACGGCCAGUUCCGCAGUUCGAGAGAAGACUAAAUAUACAUAAAUCAUUUUUCUGCGUCAGCUGCUUCUUAAUUACACCACUGUCCGUUUCGAUUGUCGUCACCGUCAUACUUAGUUGGAGAGUUGCACGGUUUCAUUCUCGGCGUCAGUACAGAGCUCGGAUUCCUUUUCACAGCAGCAGACAGGGUAUGUUACUGGAUAAUCUUUUCAGCUGACACUUUGAUGAGACUGUCAGCAGCUCGUGGUCUUGUGGUUAACGUUGCUGACUCUCGAUCGCGGGGUCUCCCAAUUCUAUCCCCAGCCUGAUCGGGAUGGGUGUGUGCGUAUUUUCCUCUUCAUCACUUCAUCACCGUCGGCGCACAAAUAAAAGCACCAGUACCAGGUGGACGAACUCCCCAGGAGCGGACUCCUUGCCAAAAAUGUCAUACGCACAUUUCAUUGGUAGUAUUUUCUUCAGUGACGAUUUUCAUACCUCACUUACUUUCGUUGGAAAGGCAACCUACUUCGUAUACCGUACGUUUCCCUUCGUACUGUGUGUGAACAAGACUGACAUAUUUUAUUUUUCGAUGUGAUUACGUUUUAGAUCACUUCAAGUACUUCAGUUUUUCAACGGAGUUGGACUGCCACAAACAUGUCUGAAAACGAACUUGUCUAAUUUCGAAACUGACUAAGUGAAUCAAAUCCAGUCAAUAAAACAGUUGCGUGGGUUACCCAGUAACAUUAUACAGGGCUUAAUGGGUAUAAGUGUACAUAUUUCUAUUGGUGACUGAGAACAGUGUACAUGAACGGCGGUUAAUCUGUAUUUACGUCAUUUGCACACUAAUCAUUGCAGCUAUUACAAGUCGUAUGUUUGGGGGUUGGUUGGUACCUCCAGAUACGUGUGGCAAGACCAACCCAUUAAUGUUUAUUUUCUCCUGAGCAGCAGGUCUCGUGUUGUAGUGUGGACAUGUAAACGCAAAACAGUUAAUCUAUACUGACAGCUAUACAGCACUUGUUUCAGCUACGACCGUUGGAGAACAUCAGGUCGUAUAGAUUCUGAAAUGUUUGUGCGAAGACCGUUUCAUGCAGAGACAACACAACUAACACACUGCUCUGUAUUGAUAUUAAGGUACCGUAUCUAAAAAUAUCUGCGCUUCUGCUCUUUACACCCUAUAUUAAUAAAGUACAACAGAACGCCACCAACGUUCCAUUCACGAGACUGAAUCACACCAAAAUAAAAGUAAUUACGUCUUUUGAGGUAGAGGAGGAUCAAAGCGAUGCUGCAUACUUUAAUCUGUUGUUUCUGCUCUUCACUGCACAUGAGGUGUUAUGUACAAAGAAACUGUGCUAGAUUGAUGCCCAAAUAAGGAGACAGUAUGACUUGCUCUGCACACAGAAGGCUUGACCAGACCGCCAACGUGCUCUUCUCCCACGCCACACAUUCCAGCUGUUGCCUUCUUCAAGCAACUCGCAACGCCGAGCCCAACGCCACGUCGAACCACAUUUUCUGCUUCUGACUCUCCCUAGGUAAAUUUGUAUGCUGGGAAGAUCAACGUCCCUUCUUAACACAAUACUCGUCAUUUUUGCUUCAUACCUCCCUCUACGAACACUACAGUGGCUAAGUACCUUGACCAUACCUAAACAAACAUGGAGAUUAACGCUAGAUGUUCUAAGGGAACCCCGAAAGACAUCCUAUACUCAGGCGCAGUCUAGAGCGUCACCUGGUACACUGUUCCCUAACACUGCGCUUCGCUCCAUAACUCGCCUUCGUAUAUGCAACACCUCUACAACACCUCACGAACAGCGAAGAGCAAAUACAUCACACAGCGGUAAGCAGAAGCUUCUUGACUUUUCUUUACUUAGAAGACGAAACAUAACAGGUUUUGCAAUUGACCAGCUGCUGCAUAAAGGCUUCUUGAGCUAUGGACGAAUACCAAGAAUGUAACGAUUCAAAUUUUCAGCUGAAAAUGACAGUAGAAUCAUCGAAACGCGAAGUGCUUCAACAGAAAAGCGACCGACGUGAAUAACGGUUUUGCUUAUAUUUAAUCAUCGGUCGCAGUUCUCAAGAUGCCGGCCUUUAUGGAUGAAAUAACUAUCGGGAGGUGAUUGCUGCCUCGUUAAACAUACUGGUUCUAUACUUGACAGCGUGGAAGCAGUAGGCAAGUAUGGGAAAAGCAUCAAUCCCUCAGAACAGUAGUUCAGUCUUGGUGUACAAACACGCAACUCUUAAGGGAAUGGGACGACAUCGUAUACAGAGCUUUUUAAAGUACAUUAAUGGUGGUCAUCUUACAACAUUCCAAUAUGUCAAAAUUCGCGAGUCUUUAAUGCUCAUUAGAAGCACUGUUCAUCGGAUUUUACAUGUAUUUAUGGGGAAAUUUUCAGCGACUCAAGUCACGCUUUGUAGUCACCUAACGGUUCUGAUCUCAUACAGUAUUUAGCUCCUCAGGUCUCGCCGAGAAUAUCUUGUUCAUAUAACUCGUCGCAACUGCAUGUGCAAGCUGCUUACAUCUUUCAUUCUUCAUAAUUUAACAUACCGCUUGCUCUGAGUCAUACAAACACUAAAUGACUGACAAGAGGCAUUAGCAUAUAUGAUUUUGGCGAAUUACGUGUACGACGUUACCAACUACGAGAUCUUAUGAUGGUCAUAGAACAAAUUAGAAUUAUAGCUGAAUAUUCUAUGAAAUUAGACCUGAUAAACGAUUAAAAACAGAAUUCAUGCUUGAGAGUGGUGUUCUAAGCCAGCAGUACAAAGUGAUUUGAAGACACCACACGGCUGUACCGUGUACCUCCUGUAUUUAUCACUACAGACCAUCUCUAAUACUUAUUCUGCGCACAGUAUUCCUUAGAUUUUGAACAUCUGUGGAGCCUGAGUGUCUUGUUGCAAGAUCUGUAAAACCAUUAGUUCCAUCACGAUAAAUAACACAGACUUCAAAAGUCUUUUGCAGCAACAUUUUGAAAUACACCAGAUAUAAUAAAAGAAAGUUCACUGCAUAACACUCACGACUCAUUGUAAGCUAUUUUUAUGCUGGCUUGAACAAUCGUUAUCAGAUUAUCGCCACUCAAAUUUGCCUGCUUCCACUCUUGAUUCAAUUCCAGAAUUACUUUAUUCUAAUGCCUGAGUGGAGCAGAAGUUCUUUCUUUUGCAAAAGUUUCUGAUUUAUCCUUGCUCUGACGUCUCAUCAUAAAUCAAAGCAAUUGUCCACGCAUUUACAAAUAUAAACUGCCUCUUUCCAUCCCAUAAACCCUCAAAAUGAAUAAAUACACGGGAAACAUAUAUUAAACGAAAAUCUCCUCAAAUUCCAGCAGCACCAACAGACAGACAACAAAAUAUGAGAAUAGCUCAUAUUGUAGCGCUAUUCCUCGAAAAAAUAAUGGUAAAUAAAAUAAAACAUAUUUGUUAAGUUACUGGGUACUAAAAAAUCUUUUGGUUGGCAUUACUGUCUAGGUAAACAGCUAGAGCAGUGGUUUCCAUUGGUAUAAAAUAGUAACAUCUUUCAAAAAUCAUUUAUGUUUGUCACCGAUUCCUCGAAUCUCAAUUUUACUAUCAUAGGUCGAUUUCAAUAUUUCUUUAUGAAAGUCCACACAUUAAUAGAUGACAAAAGUUAUUAGGUUUGUGGACAACAUGCAUUUCUCGUUAACACUAAACAUAAUAAGAAAUUUCUGCAACUAUAAGUCAUAUUCUGUGCAGUGAAGUCGAAAUUCAGAGUUAAGUUAUUUCUUUGCCAGAAGCUGAAUUAAUCAGCAUCACAUUCGGCACACUAUCUAAUCUAUUCAUGUUAGUUCAUAAUAAUUGAUAACCAUAGGCCACUUCCUUCAUGAUCAAUUCGCUAUGUGGAAAGUUUCACUCUAUAUUUACUGAGAACGGAGAUGGCCUGAUUUGCAGUUUUAGCAGUAAUAAGAACACGACACGCUCAAAAAAGGGAUAUCCAUUGCAACUUCACUUCCUCUAGAAGAAAGUGUCUCUGCUGAUUCAAAAAUACGCCACAUACUUUAUAAAAAUCAUUCCAUUCUCAAAGGCUUAACGAGCUACAGCGAUACUAAUUUAGGCUGAACUAUUAUAAAAACAAUUGCAUCAUAUGAAAAUGGAACAUCUGUGGUGUCAGUAAACAUUCACUUCCUUAGUCUAAAGAAAUUCAUUUAUAAAAGCUUGAUAUGAUCUACACCAUUAACAUCUCAUGAAAGAUUUACAUAGCCAGUUUGUUACACAUCUGAUUAUAAUGGGCAGAAAUUCAAUAGAGAAAUGAAUGUGAUGUAGAAACAGAUAUAUUGUUUAGAGUGAGCAGUGAAGAUCACCACCACUAAUAUCUGAAAUAUAAUUUUUAACAAUCAUUGUAAUUUUUUGUAUUUCUACUACCACAUUAUUUGUUAAAAUAAUGUCCUUGUGGCAAAAAUACUACAUGUAUGGUGGAUAAUUUUUGAGAUAUCUUCUUUGAUUACAAGGAACACAAAUAUAGAACUUUAGAAAAUUAAAUCUCAGUCUUUUAUGCCUCGUACAGUUAAGUUCUGCAAAAUGUGGCAGUAAUAAAGCUGUAAAAACCAACCAGCAACAUUUUAAAUUAUAAAAAAAUGGAAUUUUUAAAGAAAAUUGCCCUUCCUUUAGUAUUUAUCUGUACAAAACAGAAUGAUAACUACAGAAUGACUUCCUCUUCAUAUAACUUAUCAUGGUAAUGGAGGCCAACAGAGUUAUGUAAUUUAAACAUGAAAUACAAUUAACAUUUUAUAAUUAUUAGAUGCUUGUUAUCAACUUCAUAUGUCAGUUUUAUUUCUCUAUCUAUAUCUAU